AUGGAAGCAUUAGAGCUCGUUGAUCACAAGCUCAGUAGCGUAUGGCGCUUUGUAUCUACUAAUCUCUCGAUCCGUAUGCCCGAUCCUCAAGAAGAAGAUGAACAACAGCAACAGCAGCAGAAAUAUCUCACUUAUUCUAUGGAUGAAGAACAAGCACUGGAAGAGAAAGUGAACGAUGGAAUUGCUACGUAUCAACGCGUUCUCUUGGACACACAGGACUGGAUUCAGGAGCUCGUGGAUCCCAAAGAAGCAGAUGAAGCAGCAGAGAAACUGGAAAUGUAUCGGAAACAAUUACAAAACCAUAGCAUUCAAUGCAGAAAGAUGCUCGUGGCUUAUCGCCAACGGGCAAAGAUCGAGCGGCUUGAACAAGAACGCAAGAAGCUCUUGUGUCCACGUUCUCAAGAUAAAACGGCUACAAACAGCAAUACAAAUGCAUCGGGUUCAGUCGUGGAUGUUACAGCAGCUUUGAAACGGACACGACAGAUUAUGUCGCAGGAAAUUGAACGGGUCAGUUCCGUGACAAAAGUACUGGAUGAUGGACGACGGAGUUUAAAGACUUGUCAUGAUGAAUAUGGUAGUGUUAAUGCUGAGAUUAUACAAGUUCGAAAGCGGUUGAAGAGACUCGAGUGGCAAGCAAGACAGGACAAACUAUGGAUUGGUGCAGGAAUUGUCGUGUUGAGUGCGACAGUGCUCUUCAUUGUCUAUGAACGCACCGGGUUUCUAUUGAUAUGA